UCUGUGAUGCAGCUUGAUUUAAUUCCCUCAAUUUUUCAGUGUUUUAGGGUGCCCGAGGGGUUGCAGGAGGCUCUGUAGGAAGGAAUCCCCAGUCCCUUACAGAGUAAGGACUUAGAGACAUUGCUGGGGUGCUUCCUGGGUCUGUUCUGCCCAAAUUGUGUCCCGGCCAGCACCCAGCGGGAUGGAUGUUGUUUGUUUGAGCCGUAUGCAUCUGUGGUCGGGUCCGGAUCAGCUGAGCUUAAUCAGCAGGUUUUAUUUCUAAUUUCUUAGGGAGUACAGCAGUGGGAGCAACAUGAAGCUGGGCAAGGGAGGAUGCGUGAACCAUGGCUUAAAAAUAAUAAUAAAAAAGAACGCAGGAAAAAAUACGCUUUUUGGGGGGCUCAGAGUCUCGUGUGCUUCCUCUCAGGUGGGAGGGGAUCCCCGGGGGCCCGGCGUCAGCAGCAGCAGCAGCACCGACCUGGCUGGACCCGGGCGGAGGAGCUGCUGCCCUUUGUCCCCUGUGGUGGCAGUGGACUUUGGCAGCGGCGCCUGGGGAGCGGAAGAAGGGCCCCAGCGGCCUCCCAGCAGGUGUGUGCGGCUGUGGGGGGUCCGAAAAUGGGGGAGAACCCGAGUGUUGGGCACCUGCAUGUUUGCACCAGGGCAGGGGGAGGUUAGUUAGGUUGAACCCUUGUUUCACCUCUGUUCAGACGUGAAAUGACCCCAAAAAGCCUUAAAUUUUGAGCGUGAGGGGCACUGCUCAUAGCAUGGCAUGUACAACACGGGGCUUUACCCUCAUGUUGUGGAGGGGAGCGGGUUUUCCGCCUGCGUGGGGAAGUGGUGACCCGGGGCAUUUUCCAGGCUGGCCAGGAGGAUGCUGCCUGGCUGCAGACCACUCGCAGCGAUGGCCACUUUCAUCCCAAUGUUUUACGGGAAGCUUCAUGGGGAGACAAAAGGGGAAAUCAAUGUUUUAUCUUGCCUCUGCUGUGGGUGUUUUGGAAACAGAGGAUGGCAGGCUUGCAGGAGGGUGGGCAGAAGGUGGCAACAGGCUUCAGAGGAGGCUUUGGUGUGGGUGGAAAGCCCUUGUUGAAGCCCUUUGUCAUCUAUCUCGUUGCUCCCAGGCCUCCGAAGCCCCUCGGAUCUUCUGGAUGGAGCCCUGGGCCCCCCUGAGGCCGCCCCUGCCUCGGCAGGGCCAUGCAGCCCGGGGUGAGAGGUGGGCUGUGUGGGCAGAGGGCCACCACGGGCCACCUCCCUGGUGGCCUGUCCUCCACGUGGGUCCCCCGCCUCGUCCCGGCUCCUGGGAGCAGGGCCACCCCCCCGGCAGAGACACGCGCCGCCCGGCAUCCCGGGCAGAGAGCUACGAGAGCAGCCACCCCCUCAGGCCCUACUCCAGGCAAGGACAUGAAGACCCCCACUGGCAGUACCCAGCGGCCGCCUAUGGGGACAACCACGCUUACCAAAGCCACCAGCGGCAGCCUGUGGCCUGGCAGGGUGACAGAGACGUGAGACAGACCGAGCCCUAUGGCAAGAGCAGUGCCUACCGGGACCAGCACUACCACAGGGGCUACCAUCCCAACCUGACCACCAGCCCACCUGGGCAGGACAGGUCCCAGAGCUACGACGUGUACAAGGAGGGCUCCAGGCGGUCAUGGGCAGGGGGGGAGGCCAGUGGCCAGCCCCGAGAGCCCAGCCUGCUCCUGCAGUACCGCGAGUCGGGGCUCAGCUCCAGUGGCUACGAGCUCAGCCAGUACAUCCGCGACGGAGCCGACCACUGCGACACCGCGUUUUCGGAGAGCUGGAGCCCAGCGCAGGGAGGGGGGCCCUCGGUGUCCGGCCUUCUGGCACCCCCCAAGUUCUCGCUGCCGCACAGGGCGGUGUGCUUUGGGGCUGGAGGGCAGCUGGUGCUGGUGUGUCCCCACAGCCCUGCUGAGGGGCAGAGGCCCCUGGUCGAGCUGCACAGCCUGGAGGUAAUCCUUCAAGGCACGAAAGAGCAGGAGGAGCUGCAGGCAUUCCCAGGGCCACUGGCCAGGGAAGAUCUGCACAAGGUGGAUGUGAUGACAUUUUGCCAGCAGAAGAUAGCCACAAGCUGUGAUCUCUCAACACAAAGAGGCAGAGAUUCAGCUCUUCUCUGGAAACUCCUGGUCCUCCUCUGCCGGCAGAACGGGUCCAUGGUGGGCUCAGACGUGGCCGAGCUGCUGAUGCAAGACCGCAGGCACCAGGAGAAGUACAAGAGGCAAAACCCCAUGGAGAACCCAACCAGCCUGGCGGAGGAUGAGUGGCGCCAGCCGGGGACGCUGGACCUCAUUACAGGAGAAGUCCCUCCCGUCGUGGAGACGCAGGUGCAGAUAGUGGAGAAGUUCACCAAGCUCCUCUACUACGGCAGAAAGAAAGACGCCCUGCUCUGGGCCAUGAGAAACCAGCUGUGGGGCCAUGCUCUCUUCCUCUCCAGCAAGAUGGACCCGCGGACCUACAGCUGGGUGCUCACUGGGUUCACCAGCACACUGGCCACCAACGACCCGCUGCAGACCCUCUUCCAGCUCAUGUCAGGAAGGAUCCCACAGGUGGCACAGAGCUGCGGGGAUGCCAAGUGGGGAGACUGGAGGCCCCACCUGGCCGUGCUGCUGUCCAACAAGGUGGGAGACAUGGAGCUGAACCACCGGGCCAUCAUCACCAUGGGGGACAGCUUGGCUGGCCGGGGAGCCGUGGAAGCAGCUCACUUCUGCUACCUGAUGGCAGAUAUUCCUUUCGGUUACUUCGGGGCGAAAGCAGACCGCAUGGCGCUGCUGGGCAGCAGCCACCGGCAGGCAUUUGCCCAGUUCGCCAGCACGGAGGCCAUCCAGCGCAUGGAAAUCUUCGAGUAUUGCCAGCAGCUGCGGCAGCCCAAAUCCUUCCUGCUCCCCUUCCAGGUGUACAAGCUCCUCUAUGCCUCUCGCCUGGCCGACCACGGGCUCCCAGCCCAGGCCCUGAACUACUGCGAGCACAUCGCCACCGUGCUCCUGGGACAGGAUCCGGCCAGCCACCCCGCCCUGGCCCAGCAGCUGGUGAAGCUGGCCGAGCGGCUGAAGCUCUGUGACCCGCUGCUGCUGGAGAUGCCUGAACAGGACCAGGCGCUGGAGCCAGAGUGGCUGCUGCAGCUCCGAGCCCACUGCCAGCACUGGGAGACGGAGGACGACCUCACUCCAGAGGUAGCACUGACCCAGCCGGAGCUCUCCUGGGCUGCUGCAUCCACCCCAGGUGGAGAGCCCAACCAUGAGCUACCCCUGAGCGAUGGCUACCAGCAGGAGCUGUGGCACCAGCCUGUCCCCCCUGUGCCACCACAGGGACCCAGUCCCCACCAGGAUGCGUCCAUCCAGCCCCUGGCACCUGCUGAAGUUGCAGCACUGGGCAUGGGACCGGCCACCUCUCCAGGAGGACUUUCCUCUGAGCCCUCUCCGCAGGUGGUGCCACCAGCAGGAGAUGCUGGAGAGCCCCAAGACGCCCAUGAGGUGCAGCAACCUGGUCUCCAAUGCCAGCAGGGGUUAAGCACAAGAGCUCGCUCGGUCUCGGAGAGCUCGACCAGCUCCCAGGAGGAAGGCAGCCAGCCGUCCUCAGACAGCGCACCCGAGGAGCCAGCAGCGGAGGUGACGCCGGGUGAGGACAAGAGCUCUGGAUUCAGGUGGUUUGGCUGGUUUCGGUCGAAGCCCACUACGGAAGCCUCUCCCAAAGCCACGUCUGCUGCAGACUGCCCCACACCAGAACCACAGGAACGGAUGUCGCCAUCCCCACCUGACACUGCUCCUGCGGCUGGGAUGAGUCCUUCAGCCUCCCCAUUGCCUACCUCCAGAAACCCUGUGUCCAUUGACAUGAAGGGCCCGUGGGCUAUGGACAGUCACAAGGCUGGAGAUCAGCCCGGCUUCAACCAACCACCGCUGGGGACAAUCCCGCUUUUCAACCCUGCCGAGAUCUCCCAGCUCACCGCCGCCCGACCCAGCCAACCCAGGCUGCUCUCCCAGCGCCGCUACCCCAGCCCUUUGUGAGUGGAGGGGGCGAUGCACGUGUAUCGCUGCGAGAAACCAACAGCAGUUUGUGGAAAGCUUUGAUAUAAAACUGUGUUUGUGGUUUCUUUUUUGGGGGGAGGAGAGGUUGGGGUGGGGGCAGACAGUGCAAAGUGUCAUCUGGCUCCCCCCAGCCUCUGCCUCUAGGUUCUGAGGGUGUUGGGGGGUGUUUCUGUCAUAAAAUGGUGGGGGUGUUGGGGGUGAUUCUGUCAUCUGGGGGUGAUAAAAUGGUGUGUGUGUGGGUUUUGGGGGGCGUUUCUGUCAUAAAAUGUUAGGUGUGGGGGUUUUGGGGGGUGUUUCUGUCAUAAAACGUUAGGUGUGGGGUUUUUGGGGGGCGUUUCUGUCAUAAAAUGUUAGGUGUGGGGGUUUUGGGGGGCG